AUGGCGACGGUGGUUGUUGUUGUUGCAUGGUCCAUGCUAGUUUUUUGUCCCUUUCCUACUUCUCGAGCUUCUACACAUUGGAUUGUGACAGAAGAUGGUCGAAUCCAAGCCCAGGCUGAUUCAGUAUUUAACAUGCGGAGGCCGUACGACCUGAUGGCCCUCUUGAAGCAGGAAGAACGUGCAGUUAUGUUAGAUGGCCUAAAAAAUGAACUUUUAUCUAGAAAAGAUGAAAUUGAUAAAAAUGAAGACAAAGAUACAGGUUUAGAACAAAAAUUUUACAAGUCUGAUCCAGACUGCAUAGCUGCAGGGAAGCCUCUUCCUGAUUAUGACUUGUAUAUCAGCACCGUUUUGCCUCUGGAGAAUAAAGGGAUUAGGCCAGAAGAACAUAUAGAUUUCAAGGCUCCGCCCACCACAGCACCUGUACCCCCUGACUGUGUGAGCUGGGUUACCCUAGAGUAUAGCAUCCACGCUUUUGAACAUUUAGAGGGUAUGAAGGAAAGAACCAAUCUAAGUGGCAGCCCUGAGCUGGGCUUGAAGAACGCCAUCACCCACAGAGAUAACGUGGAUGACUACGGCCACCUCAUACAGCAAGCCUUGAAGAAGAAUACCACAUCAUGGGUUCUUUACAACAUGGCAGCUUUCUACUGGAGGAUAAAAGGAGACACAUACCAAGUCGUGGAGUGCUUAAGAAGGGCUCUCCAUUUUUCUCCCAGGCUUCAGAAAGAUGUAGCAUUAAUAAGUCUGGCUAACAUUCUGCACAGAGCGCGCUACUCCAAUGAGGCAGCCAUUGUGGUCCAUGCAGCAUUAGAUAUAUCUAAAGAACUCAACGUGAAUCACUUUACUUUAGGAAACAUAUAUGCAGUCUUGGCAGAAUAUAACAAGUCUGUGAUUUGUUUUGAAAAUACUCUAAAGAUCCAGCCUGACUUUGAGGCAGCCGCCCAGAGGAGACAUGCAGUACUGUGUCAUGCUAAACUGGAGGGGGCACUGGAGGCACAACAUAGGUCACUCCAGAGGACAUUAACAGAGCUGAAGGAUUACCAGAAGAAGCACGAGUACUGGCAGAUCCAGAAUGACAGAUUUGUUACUGAGCAGGCUCCAGAUGAGAGGAAGAGAGAACAGAGGCUGGGCUAUGAGGAGUACAAACUUAUGGAGAGUACUGUACUUAUAGGAGAAUAUUGUCACACAGUGGAGAAGGAGGGGAAGGAAGUUUUAAAGUGCAAGUGGGGAAGAAGACAGCCACUUAGCCCAGACUUGGAGGGGGUCAUUGAUUCUGAAACCAAGAAAGAAAAAGAAACCAAGGAGAAGUUGAAGAAUACCACAAGUAUAGAUUAUAGCCAGCCUUUAAAACCACCACUGUAUACUAAGAAAGCAAAAUCAUAUAAUGAUCUCCCUUUCAAAAACAAAGAUUGGCCUCCAAAAAAUGAGUGUGAUCAUUACAAAUUUCCAAGUUGGAAUGCCUUCCCAACGGUGUAUUUACCACCAGAAAACAAGGGUUUUGUAGUGAAAGCCCUCCUGAAUGAGGCGCAGGAUCUAGAGGAAGGUGCUGAGCACCCCCUCCCCUGGUACCCCCCUGUCUGUGCCACCCUGGUGGACAUAGAGGAGGGCAAGAAGGCAUAUGAUCACAUAGAUGCAGUCAAGGAGAGAACCAAAGUGCCUCUAAAACUUUAUGACCCCCUGGUCAAGCCGAUCUUACUGGGCCAUGUCAAUGGUGGGGAUGUGACAGAGGAAGAAGUGGGUCAGAGGAUCCUUACAGCUCUUAAAAAAAACAUUGGACCAAGUUGGAUACUAUACAAUCUAGCUGGACUCUACUGGCGUAUUAUAGGCAACAACUACCAUGGCAUAGAGUGCCUGAGAAGAGCUCUCUACUUUGUCCCAGAUGAAUAUAAAGAUGUUCCUCUAGUCAACCUGGCUAAUAUUCUCUAUAAGUGGGGCAGGACGGAUGAUGCUGUAAGACUGAUGAAGGAAGCCUUGGCUGUCAAUGACUUUGAGCCCCUUACCCACCACUUCUUGGGGAACAUCUUGGCAGCCAAACAGAAUAUCUCUGGUGCUAUCUACCACUACGAAGAAGCUCUGAAGGCAGAUCCUAACAACCAGGACUUCCUAUCUAUGCUCAGAACUGUCAAAUGUUAUCAAAAAUAUCACCAAAACAAUCAAAACCCCGCCAGAAAGGAGAGUACGGGUCAACAGAAGUGUGGCCCUCCUGGUCAGCCCAAUAGUAAGGAGACGGAGAGCAGGAUUGUCUGCAAGGCUGAGCAUGGCAAGGAGACCUGUAUUCUGGAGACCAGGACCCGCAAUCUUCCAGGACAGUGUCAGCAGUCCUGUGACAUGAAACCUGAGUGUAAAUGUCAGUGUCCAGCAAAGCGUAAGAAAUGCUGUAGACUUCGCAAGAAAAUCAUGGUUGUUCGCAAAACACUUCCUGAUAUAAAUCUUAACCAGUAUCUUAAAGAUACUUUGAUGCGUAAACUUGAGAAAGCAGUGGCAGAUGAGGCUAAUGGUGCCCAAAUGUGUAUACACAAUACCAUGGACCCACAAGCCAAUAGUCCACUGAACAUGAUGUUUGAUCCUGAACUGGAGAUGGAUAAGAUAGGUCAGCUGUACAAAGACAUUGGGAUCUGUAAGAGUCCAGAGUGUGAAGAUCACAAUUUGAUGCAGCCUGCCAACUCCCGUCCACACAUCCGCCUGGAGAACAUCAACGGGUUGAUAACACAAAACCUGGUCUUCUCCGACUCUCCGUCAGAGGUCAAGGUCAGUCCAGAGGAAUGCAUUAUUUUUAAAGAUGGCAAGAAAUCAGAAGGUUGUGCACAGGAAAUAUUCAAGCCAAUGGCUGAUCAGCUUUCAGUUUUUCACCAAAAAUUUGAGGAAUUGGACAGAGCAACGUGUGACCACGCCAACACAGCAAGCAGUUCCUCCACCACAAACAACAACAAUAACAACAAUAAAAUAGAGAAAGACAAAAAGAAAGACAGCAUCAAAAGCAAUGACAGUAAAGUGCCUAAGAAAAACAAAGAAAAGCCCAUGCUUCAGCCAGUAUACCUCCAGUCAGACGACCCCAGCGACCUUGAGGAGGUCAUCAAUGCCGCCAUUGAACAGGUAGAAGAUGUCCAGCUUCCCGAUAUACCUGACAGUGAGCUACCAGAUACCACCAAGCACAUAGUGGCCCGCAAAGCUUUGUCCAUUCCAACCUGGGAUGAAUGCCAGGAUCAUAAGAAAAUUGACUUUAAGAAAUUCACCAGUACCUGGCUGUCUGUAACUGCCAAAGGAAUAGAUCCUAAACAUCAUGUGAACUUCUCUAAGAAGAUCCGUGGGGAGUGGGAGGAGCCCGUGUGUGAGAAGGACUUUGGUGCCAGUGCCCAGUCUCUUGACCACAUCAAGGGGAUUGCGGAGAGGAACGGCCUGGAGUACGCCGCCGAGACUGGCCUUAAGGAGGUGUUACAAUCUCUAGGAGAUGAUGAUGGGGAGCCAGGUGAAGUGGUGGGAACCAGGAUAGCCCAUGCUUUGAAGAAGAAUGGCACCUCAUGGGUGUUGGGCAACUUAGCUGCCCUCUACUGGAGAGUGGAAGGCAAUGCCAAACAUGCUGUGAACUGCCUGCGUAUGGCACUGAACACUGCUCCCAGGGACAUGAGGGAUAUUUCACUGCUCAGUAUGGCCAAUGUUCUCUACAAGUCUGGUCGUCUGAAUGACGCCAUUGUGGUAAUCAACAUGGCGCUGGAGACGUCUCCCAGGAUUGUGGUAAUCCACUUCACGCUGGCUAAUAUCUACGCUGCCAAGGGUGACUGGCCCAAAGCUGUGAUGUUCUACGAGUCCACCCUGGGGCUACAGUCCUCCUUUGAACCAGCCAGAGACAGACUGAAGGCUAUACAGUGCAAGAAAAUACUGGAACACCCGGAAGAAUACAAACCAAAAGACGAGGGAAAGAAGAAAAAGAAAGGAAAGUCAAAACCAAAUGACAUAUAAAUAAAAAUUUUUUGAUUACUGAAAGCUGUCAGUGGAUAUAUAUUUUUCUAUGGUUUCUUGUUUGAUUUCUUAAAACCCAACUCGCUCAAACUUGUUACACCAGUGACCUUCUAAACCUUACCUUGUACCAAAAGUGUGACCCAUUUGUGUGUACCUAUUUAAAAGUUACUUUAUUACACAGCAGGUGGCUUCUGCAACUUACAUUUUUUAAAAAGAUUAAACAAGAUAUUAAUGUUUUAUUCUUAGUUGUUGGCAAUGUCAAGUUUUUUUUGUCACCCCAUAUCUCUCAUUCGUAUUUUUUGUUUUAAGGGAAUUUUCUUUAAAACUGUAAAACAGUAACUGUAAAUUUUUCUUUAAUGACAGGUUUUCUGGUUUGAAGACCAAAAAAAUUGGUUACUUUCAUGAAAGAAGGUUAACUUUUAUACUAAAUCAGUUAAUUCUAUCCACCUAAACAAAAAAAAUGAA